CGUGUUUGCUGGGUAGGCAUAACUUUUAAUUCCAAACAACUUUUCUCUAUAACAUUUUGCUGAAUUUUCUAAAAUAAGGGUACUUUACAGUACCAGCUUUGAUAUUGUUUGUAUUUACCCUGUAUGCUGUUUGACUUGCAACCAUUUUAAGUGCACCUAAUAUGAUUAUCAGACAUGCACCAACUUUUGGCCUUGUUUGUAUUUGGGUUGUGCUAUUACUAAAAAAAAUCCCCAUAGUGUGUGCAACAGCACACUUAAAAAAUCACACUGUAUAUACUACUAAUAACAUAAAAACCCCGUUCGCCUUAAUGCCAUUUCUCAUAAAAAAUCAAUUGCACUUUGCAUAUCGAAGUCUAGAAUGCCAAGAAAUUAAAGCACAAUUUCAUGUAUAUGACAAAACUGAUAAUGAGAUCUCCAACCACAGCCCAUGCUUCACUGUUAAGAAUCCAGAACAAAUGCCAAUACCUGUAUGCAAGUCGAUACUAAAACCUCUAAGCCAAUUCUUAGACGACUCGAAAAAACCAAUCAAUGAGCCCGGAUUCUGCCAAAAAAGGAAACCAUCCGCCUGCAAUGUAACAAUCCAGAUGAAAGAAGAAACCUGUUUGGAUCUUACUUCGUCCAGAUACCAGGAAGCUAUAAGAUUAUUGUUAACCAAGAAUCAAUCAUCCAGUAUAUGGACAAUUCCCAUAUACAUUAUUAUUUUAUGUCCUAUAAGGUUUCACUGCUUCGGGAAAUGGCGUACUCUAGGACGAACAAAUGAAGCCGAAACGACGAAAGAAAGCAUAGAACUUCAAGAUGUUCAACUAUCCCGUUAACCAUGGAAUUGAAGCUUUGGAAGGAGGAGUUACCUUACCCCCUGUACGUAGGAUAGAUGCAAAACUGCUGACCGCCAACUUUUGCUUCUGCUUCGCUUUUAGUUUUUUUAAUAUGUUCAUCUUAGAAUUGUAAUGGAGCUUUAACAGUUAUUUAGGGUCUAAUCUGUCGAAAUCAGACAAAACUAUAUUUUUUCAAAUACUCCACAAUUUUUCUGGUUGAUGGCAGUAAAUGGACUUUGGCCUACGAUAAAUUAUUUUUGAAUAUAUCUUCAAGUUCCAUCUUGCAUCAGCGCAGUGUAGUUUUCUUAUAGGCAAUGUUCUCCUCUUAAAUUAGCCCGGAUGACUUCUUCACGUCGUUAAUUGGGGAAUAUUGGCUUUUGGAAAGCAUCAACG